AUGUUGAAAUUUAGAAACAUGUCGUUAUCUCGUCGUGAUUUUUCAAAACAUCCAUCUUAUUUUCAAAUGAUUAAAACAGCAUUAAUCAAGUUGAAUGAUCAUGAAUCUGGUUCAUCAAAAACGGCUUUGUUACAUUAUAUAUUCGCACAUUAUGAUGUUGAUCCAUUGAUUGCAAAUCAAAAUUUAAAAUUUGUUUUGAAAAAUGGUUUAAAAAGAAAUUAUUUCAUUCAAACAUCAGGAAGAGGCAUGAAUGGAUCAUUCAAACUUGGUUUUAAAACAACAACAACGAGAAAUGUUCCAACAAAGAGUAAAUCGUUAAUUACACAUGUUCAGUCAGACACUUGUGCAAGAUUUGAAGAUAUAGCCAAUGAGAUUCUAUAUGAUAUAUUUGAUUAUUUACAUCCAAUUCAAGUUGUUUACACAUUCAGGAAUUUAAAUCAACGAUUUUCUUGUUUAAUUGAUAAAUAUACUAAAUCCAUUGAUUUAUCAUCCAUUCCCUAUCAAUUACUUCAAGAAUACUAUACCCAGUCACCGGAUACUCGUUCAGUGAAAUUAGGCAGUGAUUCUACUCUAACAUCAACUUGUUUAUCAUCAAUUCUACAAAAUUCAAGUAUAGCAUCAUUGACAAUCUCGAAUAUUGUCGAUUUAGAACAAUUUGUCAUCAAAUAUUUACCUGAACUUGUUCGAUCACUAAGAGAAUUAAAAAUAGACAUAGGAACAACUCAAAACGAUAUUAUACAAAAAGUAUAUCAAACAAUAUUUUCAAAUCAAUGUCAACUUGAAACAUGUUCAUUAAAAUUGAAUUUACCAGUUGAUACUGUUAUCAAUAAGCAAUCGAGUCCAAUAUGUCUCAAUUUACGUGAUUUAACCAUAGAUUUUGAUAAUUUUAAUCAAUUUUUACCAAUAUUUGAUUAUAUUCCUCAAAUUGAAUCGUUGUCUAUUCGUUUAAAUCAAUGUAUUGCUAAAAAUGAUGAUUUUGAGGAAGAAUAUGAUCCACAAGAUUUAAUUGCACAUAAUAUUGAUUAUUCAUUUAAAGUUCCUCAUUUAAAAUCUUUUACAUUCAAAAUUAAAAAUUUUAUAUAUGAUGAUCAUUUAAAAGUAUUGUUAAAAAACUUGCCAAAUUUAGAAGAAUUAAUAUUAUGGUUAGAAGAUUGUCAUUUUAAUAUUGAUGGCACUUAUCUUCAAGAAAAAUUGAGUAUAUCAAUGUUAAAACAAUUGAAAAAGUUUCAUUGGUAUAUGGAUGGUGGAUAUAAUGAUGAUAUAAAUGAUCUAUUGUCAACAUUUUCUUCAACAAAACAAUUUGUCGGUGGUUAUUUAGAUUCUGAAUAUCAUGUUUAUUUUUAUUCAUUACCCUAUUAUUUUGAUUAUUUUCCAAAUGUAUCGAAUUAUUUUCUUCAACGAAAAUUGAACAUAUCAUCAUCUAUUGAAGAAUAUUUAUUAUGGAAAAAUGUUAAACAUAUUUCUUUGGAACAAAUUUCUCUACAAUCAUCGAUUCCAAUUUUAAAUUUAUUAAAUGAUUUAUUUAUAAAUGUUAAACAUGUUGACAUUAAUUUUAUUGAUGAAUAUGAUGAAGGAGAUAUUGAUCAAAAUAAUAAUCAUAAAUUAGAAGAUGAAACAAGAAUGUUGUACAACAAUUAUGAUUUAAAUAAAUUUAAAUUAAAAUAUAUAACAAAAUUAACAAUGUAUUAUGAUCAUGCACAUAUUCGACAUAAUUUACAUAUUUAUCCAUGUUUUAUAUUAAUGAAAAAACUUAUAUUUAAUUUACCAAUUCAAUUAAAAUCUUUAAAAAUUGAUUAUGAAAUAUUAUUAGAUUUAUUAAUCUAUUAUAAAGAAAAAUCUCAAAAAUUAAUAAAUAAUUUAAUUGAAUUAAAAUUAGCAUUUUAUGGUGAACAUUAUUAUUUUUUAGAUUAUUUAAUAAAAUAUUUUCCAAAAUUACAACGAUUAUAUUUUAAAAAAUAUCAAUGUAUUAAUGAAACAUUAUGGUAUUUUAAAGGAAAAGAUGUAAAUAAAUUAAUAAAUCAUUUGAAAUAUUUAACCUAUUUUGAUAUUAAUAGUUAUGGUGAAACGAUGAUAUUUAAAAAUGCACAAACUAUAAAAACAAUUAAAAAUAAAUUAAUAAAAUAUCGAUGUAUUCAUGAAAUUAAUCUAAAUCGAAUGACUCUAUGGAAAUAA